CCAAUUCUCUUUCUCAUAUCUCUAUUUUAUUUCAAAGUCAUAAAAUCACAUGACCGUACAUAUUAACGUGCCUUAUUCCUUACUUCAUUACACUAUAAAUACCUUACAAACCCUCCUUCAUAAUCCCACAAAACAAAAACACAAAAACCCUUGAGAACAACUAUAUCCACCACAUUUUUUUCCAAACAUAUAUCCUACCUACCUUACUACCUAGCCUUCUCUUCUCUUCCAAACCCUUCAAAAAUGGCUCCUGUGUCUUCAAAGAUAGCCAUCAUUGGAGCUGGUAUUAGCGGCGUUGCGGCCGCUAAACAGCUGUCCAAGCACGAGCCGGUGGUCUUUGAGGCCACUGACUCGAUUGGAGGUGUAUGGAAACAUGCAUCUUUUAACUCAACCAAACUACAAACACCUCGAUGUGACUAUGAAUUCUCUGAUUUCCCUUGGCCUGAUAGGGACAACUCUUCUUUUCCUUCUUAUGCUGAGAUUAUAGACUAUUUGCACUCUUAUGCUACCCAUUUUGAUGUCCUUAAGUUUGUUAAGUUUCGUUCCAAGGUGGUUGAGCUCCGCUACAUUGGUCAGGGAAACCACCACGGCGGCGGGGAGGCCGAAUAUGGACAGUUGAUGACCGGCCACCCCGCAUGGGAGGUGGCCGUUCAAACGGGUGAUGACUUCGACUCCAUUGAGAGGUACACUUUUGAGUUUGUGGUGGUCUGUAUUGGGAAGUAUGGUGACAUCCCAAAAAUUCCCACUUUUCCACCAAAGAAAGGCCCCGAAAUAUUCAAAGGAAAGGUGCUACAUACUCUUGAUUAUUGCAAAUUAAGCAAGGAAGAAGCUUCUUCACUUGUUAGAGGAAAAAGUGUUGCAAUUGUUGGAUAUAAGAAAUCUGCCAUAGACCUUGCUGUUGAAUGUGCUGAAGCUAACCAAGGAGCAGAUGGGAAAGCAUGCACCAUGGUGAUAAGAACUUUGCAUUGGACAGUUCCUCAUUACUCAAUUUGGGGUUUACCCUUUUAUUUGUUUUACUCAACAAGAUCUUCUCAAUUCAUCCACGAAAGGCCUGACCAAAACUUUCUAAGGGUUUUAACGUGCCUUCUAUUAUCCCCUAUGAGACAUAUAUUUUCAAAAAUUAUCGAGAGUUAUUUGCUUUGGAGGGUCCCAUUGGAGAAAUAUGGUCUAAAGCCGGAGCACCCCUUUCACGAGGACUAUGCAAGUUGUCAAAUGGCAAUUUUGCCUGAAAAUUUCUUCUCCAAAGCUGAUGAAGGAAAAAUUAAGUUCAAGAAGACAUCUAAAUGGAGUUUUUACGAAAAUGGACUCCAAUUCAAUGAUAAUACUAAGCUUGAGGCAGACAUUGUGAUUUGUGCCACUGGUUAUGAUGGGAAGAAGAAAUUAGAAUCCAUACUACCACAACCUUUCUCUAGCUUCCUUGACUAUAAUGGUGUAAUGCCAUUGUACAGGAGCACUAUAAACCCAAUGAUUCCAAACAUGGCGUUUGUAGGCUACAUUGAGACGGUAGCGAACCUACAAACGGCGGAGCUGCGGUGUAAGUGGCUAGCGAGGCUCGUCGACGACCGAUUUAAGCUCCCUAAUGUAGAGAAGAUGCUUGGACAAAUAAAUAAGGAGGUGGAAGUUAUGAAGAGAACAACAAGAUUCUACAAAAGGCAAUGCAUUUCAACUUAUAGUAUCAAUCAUAAUGAUGAAAUUUGUGAGGAGAUGGGAUGGAAAUCUUGGAGGAAGAACAGUUGGUUGUCUGAAGCAUUUAGCCCUUACACAAGUCAAGAUUAUGAGGACGAAAAUUAAUAAAAUUAAAGCAAGGAGAUCAGAGAUUUUUACGAGCAUGCAUGUACUAUAUGUAUACUGUUUAUCUAUAGUUAUAUAAUUAGCAUUUAAUUUUAUACUCACCUAUUCUUUAAGGUAUAAUUUAUGAUCACUAGGUUUAUUCAUGGAUGUAGCUAAUAUGCUAGAUCUCUUAGUGAUUAAGAAGUCAAAUAAAACAGAUAUAAGAUUAAAAUCUGUGGUAAUUAAAGAAAUUAUAUACUAAGAUUUUUCUUUUUGUUUUGUAAUUUUCAAUUAAAAGUUUGCUAGGAAUUGUAAUAGCGUUUGAUAUUUUAUAAAAAAUCUAAUUUAUCUUCAA